AGUGGCGCAGAGCAACCGCCCCAGUGCUGCAGGAAGAGACGUGGCCCCAGCCCCUCCGCGCCGUGCGCUGGGAGGCUUUCUGGAGAGCUGGCCGAGGAAGGAGACAUGAGCACCCUGCUAGUAAGCAGCUUUCUGCCCCUGCUGCUCCUCGCCUGGCUGCCUGCAGGACUCACUCACCAGUCUGCAGACUCCUCAAUUACAAUCAGUGCAUCAGAGCUCAGCUUCAAGUGUCUGCUCCAGGUGGCGCCUUACAACACUACGGUGGAACAGUUUAUAGACCGAAUCAAAAACGUGACGGAGGAGAAGGUAGAGAUUCGUUUUUUAUAUGAGAAAAGUAAUUCUGACUUUGGAGGUGUGAAUGAAACAGAACAUGAAACAAGAACAGCAACAUGCACGUGUGAGAAGAGGAACACAUCCACGGUGGAAGCUGGAACCAACCAGACCCAGCAGGAAUCUGACCCUGAGACGUCUCCGACCAGCACCCCUAAGCCUCAGACCCAGGAAGAAAUCAUCUACACCUAUAUCAUCCCUGGAUUGGUGGUUUCAUCGUUUUUCUUCCUGUUUUGUAUUUUGGUGUGUUUGUGCAGAAGGAAACAAAGGAAUGCUAAAGGAAAAUCUGAAAGCAAGCAUGUGGCAGAGAUGAAUCAGCUCAGCACGGUAAGCCGGGGAGAGUUUUUCAUGUCUUGCUCUGUUCUAAUAAAAAGCAGCUGAAUGCCCAUUUAAAGGGCUUCAGAGCAACAGUUUCUGAGCAAGCCAGGGCCUCCUGUACGGCGCUUGGCCGGUGGGAAAUAACUUGUGCCAGUAUCUGGGUAUGUGCAGAACUGACAGCCAAGGGCCUGCUCACUGCUGUCUUCCUCUGCAGCCUCAAAACGAGGAGGUGGUGUAUGCGAAGAUGAAGUUUGAAAAGACUGAGAUCAAACCUGCUGCCUCAGAAGUUGUUUACGCUGAGAUAAAAUCACAACAGAAGUAGAGAGCUGAGGAUGCCUAUGCUGCUGAUGCCAAGGGAAGGUUCUCCUACUGGGGACAGGGCGAGUGAGAAGGGAGGGACAAACAGCUUGUCACAUGCUUGCCACAGUUGUGAUCCCUGAAAACCAGGGAUCUGGUUUUUCACAAUCUGAAACCACUGCUCUAAGGCAGUGCAAUCUUGGUCAUCAAAACCUUCUGUUUACCCCCAAGUGGCCCUACAUAUACGUUACAUUCCCAGGUAGAAGCCAGCUCUCCAGCUGGGACAGGUCCCCCUUGUCUUCCCGCAGAAAGGCCUCAGCAGCUUAUCACUAGUGACCACUUCUAGCAACUUGCGCCGUGCCUCAGCAUCAGCAGCAGGCACCGUGUGGCCGCCCCAGCCUGGGAAGCACUCAGUGUCCCAGUGGUG